GCGGCGUGAGUGCGACAGGAGAGCGAGCGAGCGAGGGAGGGAGCGACCGGGCAGGACGAGCAGGAAGCAGCUGACACAGCAGCGGGCAGCAGCAGCGGGCAGCAGCAGCAGCAGCGGGCAGCAGCAGCAGCAUCUGUCUCUGCAGUCGAGGCUGAGCGCGCCCUGUCGCGAUGUUUUACUACCACGUACCUCAGGCGCUGGACAGCGACUGCUAUGAGGCCAACACACUGGGAGCCGGGGAACUUCCGUCAUCGGCCGACUUCGAAGAGGGCUUCUUCCGACGCAAGCAGAGACGCAACCGCACCACGUUCACCCUGCAGCAGCUGGAGGAGCUGGAGUCGGUCUUUGCUCAGACGCACUACCCAGACGUGUUCACGCGGGAGGAACUUGCCAUGAAAAUCAACCUCACCGAGGCACGAGUCCAGGUUUGGUUCCAGAACCGGCGCGCCAAGUGGCGCAAGACGGAGCGGGGCAGCGGAGACACUGACGGGGACCGGGAGAGCCCUGGGGGGGAGGCGGCGGGGGCAGCGGGGGCAGCGGCGGGGGCGCCCAAGGCUCGAGCCUCCAGCCCUGAGCCCCCGCGGCAUCGCAGGGAGGCGAACCCCAACCAGCCCAGCGGGGGUCGAGUGAGCGUGGGGCCGUCUCCGUUCCCGCCGCCCGCGUGCUUCCCGGCGAUGCUGGCGCUGAGCACGGCGUCGUACGCGCGCGCCCUCGCUCAGCCCGGCCCCCCGCCCGGCAAAGGAGGCGGUGUCUUCUGCCCGUGCUGCGUGGCCGACCCUUUGGCCGGACCGCUGCCCCCGAUGCUGCCCUACGGCUGCCCGGCCCCGCAGCGCAACGCCAGCGUCGCUGCCCUUCGCCUGCGCGCCCGGGAGCACGCGGCUGCCCUUCUGCAGCACACUGCCCGCCUGAUGCCCUCGGCUGACCCCGCUCACUCGGCCGGAGCGCACGUGUCGAUGCUCCGCGCACAGAGCCUCGGGCUCAACUUAAACCUGAACCUGGGCCCUUCGUUUGGUCUCCCUCCUCCUCCUCGGCACGCACCUCCUGCCACGUCCGCAGCAUCAGCAGCAGUAGCAGCAGCAGUGUCAUUAUCGUCAUCAUCAUCAGCAACAACAACAUCAUCAUCAUCGUCGUCGCCACCGGGACUCGUAGAUUCUGGAGUUCACCUGUCCUCCACGCGUAAUCACGUGGGCAGCGGUGAAGGUAGCGCGCAGAUGCAGCAGCACAUGCAGCAGCAGAUGCAGCAGCACAUGCAGCAAACUGCCCUGCUAUUGCGACAGCCUCUGAAGCCGCCAGCUCUCCGCAGCAUCUUGCACCCAAUGGCCCCAUCGAGCAUCCACCAGGAGCUGGCGUCUGGCAGCAUCGGCAGCGGCAUUGCGGGAUUGAUGGAUCCAAACUGCACUCCGACGCUGGUGACGGCAGUGGCCUCCUCUGACCGUCCGGCUCCUGGUGAGAACGCAAGGAGCUUGCAAGCCAGAGACAGCAGCAGCAGCAGCAGCGGUAGCGACCAUGAACUGUGAUCGCACACCAAGCCUCGUUCAUUGAGAGUGCAUUAAAAAAAAUUGAAAUAAAAAAUAAUAUUUGCCCAACUCUGGACACAUCUGACCGGGGGGGGCUGAUGAUCGCUGUCUCUGUGUCGUUAUGUUCCCCGUGUCCACGUGCGUCUCUCUACGUUUCACUGUCUGUCUCUGUAUAUUUCCCUGGUGUGUCUUUCUCUAUCGCUCUGUCUGUCUCUCUACGAGUCUCUACGAUUGUACUAUUCCACACCAAUCUGUGUUGCUUGUGCCUGUCUGUCUGUCUAUCUGUCUCCGUAUAUCUGUCUCUCUGCGUUUGUCUCUCCGCAAUGUCUUAUCUCUCACUCACCGUCUGAGAUGUAUUUGUUGGCACCCCCACGGACAAUGUCAGUGCCCGUCACCCCCUCCACAGCUUUGCGCUCUGGACGGCUGCCCUGAUCGCCCGCCCCCCUUAACUCCACAACCCACUGCAGGCGUCGAUCAACGUCUUACGGGACCCGUCGCGUUCCACCAGGAUCGCGUCCACAACAAAGAUCCCUUCGUAGCAGCUGGUGGCUGCGGCGAGCAUCGAUGCCGCCCAUUAUAAUCAUCAAUCUCCUUCGCGUUUGGGAUUUUGUUGUGCAGGUGAUUGGCGUGACGAAAUAUGUCUCCACUAGAUUUGAAGUUUUCGUGACUGCAGGGAUCCAUACUCUUUGGUUAUUUGGGUAAAGUCACGUAGGUAUAAAAUACAAUAAUUUAAAUUCCACUUUAGAAAAAAAAUGUCUUGCUGUGGGUUUUCCCACCUGAUGAUGAUUGCUUGUGUUGCGAUCGAAACGUCGUGAUUUAAUCUAGUUUUAUUUUAUACCUACGUGACUCCCGAAAGAACAAAAGAGUAUGUCUCCACCGUCGUUUAUUUUUUUGAUCAGAAUAUCUGGGUGCUGUUGUUUAUUGAUCCUGAAGAGGGUAACUGUUUGUUUUUUUGCCCCGUCGUGAAUUAAUUCGCAACGCAGUUCAUAAGAGGGUCACGGUGGUCUCCAAAUGUUUGGAAAAUACGCGUCCAAAGCAAAUGUAAGCACGACGCUACCGCCACCGAACGCGUUGCACUCUCCAACCCGCACGACGAUUGUCGAGGUCGUGUAUUCAAAUGUCCACCAAAAGAGCGAUCUCUAUCCCGCGGAGAUGUCAACUCGCGCAUCUUGAUCGCGGAUAAUAGGAUUGAUGUGCCGCCACUAACAAGUGUGGCUCCAUCUUCUUGGUUCUUUCGGUAAAGCCACGUAAA